CGCAGUUACUCUUCUCAGUUUCCCACCACGCCAAAACUAAAGGGAACCGCACUCAAACUUCCUUUGACAAAGCCCACUUUUGAUCAAUCAAGCACGACAAUGUACGAAUGCCCCGCCACCAAACCCUCUGAGCCUUUCCUUCUCUGUCUUCUUCACCAUUUACAGGACCUCAAGAGAUCCAUCCUUGCUCUUCUCUUUUGCUUGCCCACCUCGCUUUUCGCUCUCCUUCUUCUUCUCCUCUUGCUCUACAAUGGCUUCUCUGUCUUCUACCUUCAUCUCCCUUUUCCUGCCAAGUCCCCAUCCGUACCCGCCAAUUUCUCUCCUGUAAUUACCGCUGGCGAGCCCAUGAGAAAAUGGUCUUCUUUUUCGACUGCUUCCUCGUCCUCUUCUUCAAAGCUGGCUUCUUCAGUAAUGUAUGCUACCAAAGAAGAAAACUCACCCGUGAUUUUGAAGACUCAGUUGCCCCUUUUUCUCAAAUCACGCUUUUCAAUCCUACCCCUCACCAAUUCUACGGUUUCCAGGCCGAGACGGGCCCGGAAGCACAAGCGCAAGCUCAAGAGUGUGCCCUUCGAAGCUUGGUCCAGUCCUUUUCCAGUAAGAAUCGCUGAGUUCUUCGCUGGAAAUUCUACCACUUCCUGUAAGUUUCGGUUCUUUAUGACUAGGAUUUCGUUGAAGUCAUUUGGUGAUAGAGAAGUGUUAGCCAUGGAGAGCUUGUUUAACUCUCACCCAAACGCUUGUUUGGUCAUAGUCUCAAACUCAAUGAAAUCAAGAAGAGGAAAUCGAAUUCUUAGACCAUUUUUAGAUAAUGGGUUUCGGGUAAUGGCUAUUGAUCCGGAUUACGACUAUAUAUUCAAGGAUACUCAUGCGGAAGCGUGGUUUGAUAGGUUAAGGAAAGGGAGUGUGGAUCCUGGCGAAGUUUCUUUGGGUCAGAAUCUCUCCAAUUUGCUCAGGCUUGCUUUGUUGUAUAAGUUUGGAGGCAUUUAUAUAGACACAGAUGUUAUAGUGUUAAAGAGCUUCUCGAAGUUGAGAAAUGUAAUCGGUGCUCAGACAGUUGAUCUUGCAACUGGGAAUUGGAGCCGAUUGAACAAUGCUGUGCUGAUAUUCGACAAGAAUCAUCCACUACUUUACAAAUUCAUUGAAGAAUUUGCGCUAACCUUCGACGGGAACAAAUGGGGGCACAAUGGCCCUUACUUAGUCUCGAGGGUUGUUUCCAGGCUGGGUGGAAGGCCUGGAUUUAAUUUCACGGUGUUGCCACCAUUGGCAUUUUAUCCGGUUGAUUGGAGUAAGAUUCGAAGUCUAUUUCGGGGGCCGGGAGACGAGCUGCAUUCGAAAUGGUUGCAUAAAAAGUUGAGGCAGAUUCAGUCCAGAAGUUUGGCUGUUCACUUGUGGAAUAGGCAGAGCAGGAAGCUAGAGGUUGAAAAGGGAAGCAUCAUCAGUCACAUAGAGUCCGAUUGUUGUAUCUUCUGCAAUUCUGCACUUUCCAGUUUGUAAUCACAGAAUAACUAUGGCAAUUGCAACAAAUUGUCUUA